AGCCUGUCUCCAGCGCCGUCAGGAAACAGAUCGAGAAUUUAGUCCCUCUAGUUCCUUAUCGCACAAGAAGAUUUUCUUGGACGCGAUUUUGGACAGUGGACACGCUGGACGCGGAGCAGGAGCCACGCAGGAGGCAGAAACCGGACACCGUGUUCUUCAUUUGCGGCUUUAACACGAUGGAGCCAGCCUUCGGUGAGGUGAACCAGCUCGGCGGUGUUUUCGUGAACGGCAGGCCGCUCCCCAACGCCAUCCGGCUCAGGAUAGUGGAGCUGGCCCAACUCGGGAUUCGACCUUGUGACAUCAGCAGGCAGCUGCGCGUCUCACACGGCUGCGUCAGCAAGAUCCUGGCCCGCUACAACGAGACCGGCUCCAUCCUCCCGGGAGCCAUCGGAGGCAGCAAGCCGCGGGUCACCACACCUACCGUGGUCAAACACAUACGGACAUACAAGCAGAGAGACCCGGGGAUUUUUGCCUGGGAGAUCCGGGACCGGCUACUCGCCGACGGGGUUUGUGACAAGUUCAAUCUGCCCUCUGUGAGCUCCAUCAGUCGGAUCCUCCGCAACAAGAUCGGGAAUCUGUCCCAGCAGAGCCAGUACGAGUCCAGCAAGCAGGCGCCUCACCCACCGCCACAACCAACGUUACCCUACAACCACUUAUACUCAUACCCGACGUCCAAAGUGCCCACACCCCCCGGCAUGCCCACCCUUCCCGGACACAUGGCCAUGCACAGGAUAUGGCCUUCAUCGCACUCUGUAACAGAUAUUCUGGGGAUACGGUCUAUUACAGAGCAACAAAUUAGUGACAGUCCAUCCUUUCCCAGCGUCAAACUAGAAGAAUGGAGCGCUAUAAACAGGACUAAUUUCCCACCAGCAAGCUCUGCACUAGUCAAUGGCGUGGAUAAGCCGCAUUUAGAACCUGAAGCAAAAUACACACAGACGCCGAAUGGAUUGCCCACAGUGAACAGCUAUGUCACGGCACCCAGCAUCCCUCCCUACCACCCUCCCACCCAAGUGUCACCCUACAUGGGGUACAGCGCCACCACCUCGGCCUAUGUGACCGGACCCACGUGGCAGCCGGCCAGUGGCAGUGCUCUAUCUCCCCACAGCUGUGACAUCGCCACCCCUCUGGCCUUCAAGAGCAUGACAGCCAACCGUGACGCCAUCCACCCAGUCACCGCCUCGGCACUGUGAAGGCAGCUCCACAGACUGAUCGGUGGGGAGCGAGGGAGGGACGGCAAGGACAGGAGACACCGAGUCUGUCCCCUGUGGCUUCAUUUCAUCCCCAUUGACUCCUUUCUAUGAAGGACUCGGCCCCCAGGACCCGUAUUUGUGCCGUUCUGUAUGUGACCCCCCUCCUCCUCCUCCUCGCUGCACAGUCAGACCAAAGACACGAAAGGAAUAAACAGUCUGUCAAUUUUUACUACAAACUCUCGCUGUCUGAAAGAACUUGCAAGACAGGUGUACUGAAGGACUGAUGUGUGACUUCUACUCCAUCCAUCAACACAAUUCCUCUCAGAUUUUUUUUUUGUUCUGCACACCUCUGCAUCAAAUGUCCUUGGGCAAAAAUGGGUAAAUGUAUAAUAACUUCAUGAAUUUGCAGUCAAAGCAGAGGGGGGGAAAAACUUUGCAUUAGUGUGUCAGGGUGCUUAUUAAUUGCUAUUGUUUUUAUAUGUUUGUAUGCUUUUUUUUUUAGUGUUGUUGUUUAUGUUUUUGAUAAAAGUUAACUCUCUUAUGGAGCAUUGUUCCCCCUCCCACAAAAACACUUCUCUAAAAAUGUAGCCUAUGCAAGAGCUCCAGAGAGAAGUUUAUUUAUUUGAUUAAGGUACGUUGAAUGAAGUGCAAUUAGCCUUACAGACAGCAUGGAAAUCUCCACGCGCAUUUAGACAAAAUUGGCAUUGGUCUUAUGUUGGAGUCUAGAGCAAUAACAAUGGAAAAAUGUUGCACAAUGAAAUUGAAUGUAUCUUAUUAAAUUGUUUGGCUGUUAUUGGACUUUGCUGGUUGUUUGGGGAAUCCUCUGCAAGUUUUUAUCCUGACAGUAACAUGACAUCAAUCUACACCAUCACAGCUAAAACUAUUCACCUUCUCUCUGAAUGUUAGGGCAGCUCAAGUCAAGGUAUUGUAGCCUGUUGGCCUGUUUUACAUGAGCAGGAAAUGCUUUCCAUAAAAAAAACAAUAAUAAAAAAAAUAUCUAUAUAUAUAUGCAUAUAUUAUGUAUAUAUAUUAUAUAUACUGUACAUGUGCGUGCAGAGGCCUGUAUUUGCUAUCGCCAGGCGUCACGGCUCACUAGGAAAGUUCAUGCUUUGAGCGCACACAGUGUUUGUCACCACAUAAAGCAAUUUUUUUUGUUAAACUGUUGGUCAGUAAAUCUCUCACGCCAUGAUAUGAUCCUUCCUAGCUUUCUAAACAUUUAUUUAUAUUUGGGUAUUAGCUAUUAAUAAAGAUACACACACAUGGAUAUAUAUAUAUAUGAAGAAAUAUAAAAAAACAUCUAACAAACUAUUUUGCAAAGAAACUAAGCGUUUAAAGCCCAUAUUUUAUUUUGAAAGUGAUAAAAACGAAAAACGAAGUAGUUUUAUUGAUUAGAGAAAACACGUAGACAUGAUACUGUCUAAUCUCACAAGUUACUCUUAUAGAAAAAGCUGCCUUCAGUAAAAUAUCUGAAAACUGAAGUUUGAUUUUUUAAGAGCCCUACUGUCCUCUGUAAAUAAUAGACUAGUGAAAGUCUAAUGUCAUGCAUUAUAAUUCCCAGUAAUUUCAAACAGUUCUAACUCCUAAUUUUUUUCUGCUGGACAGUAAAUUAGAACAUCAUCGCCGCAUUAAAAUGUGACAUGUGUGUGUGUGUGUGUGCCGGGCCGGGACUCCCAGACUCCCGGGGUGAGGUGGAGUCCACGUGCAUACAGGGAGCCACAAAUAGGCUCAUUGGCCUGUGGUCUCCAAGGUCAUCAGACAUCUGACCCAAACGCGAACCUUCUGCAGCCACAAAAAGGGCCAAACAGAGCUUGUCAGGGCCAACUCAACAUGUUCAUUACAAAAGAAUAGAGCACAGCCCAGUUGACAAAUGACAUGUUUGCAAAGAUGAUGCAAAAAUACUCUGAAAAUUUUAAGGGGGGGAAAAAAGUGUGGUGUAAUAAAUUAUGAGCGUGUCUGGCAAGCCCUGUCUGGCCCUGCAGUCGAGACAGAGAUUUAAGCAAACUGGGCUCCAGCGUGGACUCAAAGCUGUAGAUUUUAAAACUCCUCACCUGCUCUUUUACAUAUCAUUACCUGGAGCCGAGCUUUCGGGCGGUGGUUGGGCUUAGCUGUGGCCCCCGCGUUUCCUCUCCUCCUAUGUUACAGCAUAAACAGUCCCUCCGUGUGACAGUGUCAACAGUCCUCCCCACGCAGGGGCUGAUUUGACUUGGAAAGCACUCUUCCCCGUAUCCAGUGGUCACGGACCGUUGCUCAGGGAUCGUAGUGUUUCUUUGACCGUAUGUGAACCACAUCACAGGGACGUGAUGAUACACUCGCUGUACCAACCAGCCCUCUCGGCCACCCCUUUUCCACCCUGCACCAUCCAUCACGUACAGUAAAUGAUGGUGAACUCUCUGAGUGGCAUGAAAAAGUCGUUACAUGCUCUUGUUUUUUCCUUUUUCUUUUUUCUUCCUGCACCUCAGCCUACAAACAACAAGGCCAAACAACUUUUCCUUUCAACUAUAAGCUACAUGAAGUCUCCUCUCCUCUGACUCAUGCAACAAAAUUAAAAUGUGGCCGGCUUAAUUGACACCAGUAUCUAAAAAAAAAAAAAAGAAAAAAAAAAUUAAAAUAAGAACAGCGUGUUUUCUAGACAGGAGGAAUAGCUUCUCGAAAGUCUAAUAAUCCCCCCACUCUUGCAGCCUAAUGCUGGUCAGCUUUAUGGAGGAGAGGGUCUGAAAGGCCUAGUUUUAAAAAUAGGGGCAGACACGUGUUUAUAAUUAAUGAUGUUGAGUCUGACUUCAGUGUCAUAUGGUUAUCUUUACUUCUCCACAUGCAAUCAGAAACAAGACAGCCAUUUGCAGACUAACACAGAGCAGAGCAUGCAACAGCGGCUGAAUACAGUGCUUCAAGCUGACAACAGCCAGAGUGUUUUCUUAAUGCCUUAAAACAGCAAGCAGACAGGUGAGUAAAAGCUCUUUAAAAAAAAAAAAUCAACCGUGCUUGGAAAAUCACAACAUGUCUGGUUCUGCGUCUUUGGUAUUUACGUAUGCGGCUCCCGUGUUGGGUCACACUGACAUGAAUCACUGCUUCAUCCCCCACAUGCAGUGUAAAUCCUGUACAUUUUAAUCUAUUCAUCUAUCAUUAAACGUGUCUGCAUGCAGAAAGACAGGUAAAGCCAUGUCCAAAUUGCAUGCUUGCCAGAGCACAGCCGCUGGGAUUGAAAUGUUACAGGUGAGGACGAUGGAACACACAUGGACAUGGUGUAAAAGAAAAUGAGGAGAAGGGGGCUCGCCGCAGAUUUAUGAUCAGUGCGGUGUGCGGGGAAUUCAGGUGAAGGGUGGCUCCAUUGCAUAGCUACCAGCAAUACACGCUGCACACGUUACGAGCUGUCAGGUCUGAAACAAACACACGCAUUCAGCACUCCAUUACAGAAAGCGCACGUUAAGCGCUUACGAUUCCAUCAGUCUGCAAGCCACAGUUGUUAGUCUCUCACCACAGGCCCCCUGGGCAAAAAACCAGGAGCCGUUCCAUUUUGGCUGAGAGAAACUCCCACAUUAAUGAUGACUGUCAAAUGCCAACGUGGCUCAGUAUAAGCUACUGCCAGAUGAGGUUAAGAUGAGUAUCUUACAGAGCAGCCACUACACCUAAGCCUGUGCAACAGGUGUGUCUGUGUGUGUGUGCAUAUUUGUGUAAGAGACAGACUGGCAAAGGGAGAAAAUGUGUGCAGGAACCCACUACCCGUUUCUGCAGCCACAUUUGCAUUUCCUGAGCUUGUUGUUUCGACCUGCAUUGGAGCUGUGCUCAGGCACCGGAUGCCCAAUCACACUGAGAGAGAAAAGACUGAGGCUUGGUUAGCUAAUACAACUUCUACGGCUGACAGGUUCUCAAACAAAGUGAUCUGACGGGGUCGCGGGGUGCAGUGACAGAAGGUGAUACGCUUGUGUCGACACCAAGCUGAAGAGAGGACAACACCGCAACAACACAAAGUUACAGUUACAGGACAUGUGUGUAUCCUUUAUCCUUCUCUCUCACACACGCACACACACACACACACACACACACACACACAAGGAAGUAAACAAGUGAGGAGUUUAAUUCCUUUUUAUUUGCUACCAAUACAUGUAAGUACCGUUCCAUUAAUGCUAAUAUUUAAAAAUUGAGAAAGAAAAGGCAGAUUAACACAAUUUCUUACAAUAAAAGCUGGAUAAAAUAUUUCAUACUAGUCCAAUUCAAAGAAGGUACAUAAAAAUAUAUGUCAUGCAAAAAAGAUUUCAAAAAGUUCCGCAAUAGGCCUUUUAUAAUAUCAGCGUUUAAGAGAUUCUUAAACACGGCGAUUCUUAAGAAUUACUGUACGCCAUUGCGGCUGUUUGGUUAGUUUGAGAUAAACAGUUAGGCUCAGUACUAUGGAUGUUAUCACAGUAUAGAUAUAUGCGAUCAUGCACGCAGUGUUGUGCAUUAAGACGUGUACACACAAGCAGUGUGUACCGUACGUGUGCGUCACCGCUCUGCUGAUGCGAGUGCUGCUGCAGACUACACACGGGCACUUUGUAUUAAGGCAAGACUGAUGUUUGAAGAUCAGAUGGAUGAUUGACUGAGUCCAGCAGGAAGUGAGACUCAUCUGAACUCUCUGAACUCACAGCCUGCAGUGUGCAGCUCUAUAGUGGAUGAGGUUUUGUUUCGUUAUUCUUACGUUCACAUGCCUUUUUGGCGUUUUAUUUCAUUUGAAACUGAACAUUAAAGCUGAAAACCUGGUAUAUAACAUUAAACACGCCUCUAUGGCUUUAAGUAAUUUUGGUGAAAUAAGCUACUUCAUUUUAAAAAAAAAAACUUACUUUUUAUUCUUCAAGAGUUUAACUCAUGAUUGUCUCCAUCAGGACCGUGGAGGGGGAGGGGGCUCAAGUGUGACCGACACAAGCAAACAGCCUCCUCAACCAUCAUGAGAUUUUAAUUCAAAUUUCACUCAACUUGGUGAUGGUUGGCGCACAGAAGUACGUCACAUCACUUUUUGUUCCCAAACUCAGCACAGCCCACUUUGAA